AUGACUAAGACUUCAUCGGAGGCCUAUUUUCCUUCGUACGAGACCAUUAGCCUGGCGCAUCUCUUAUCCCGUCUCCAGGCGCAUCUUCUCUCCCCGUCCGCCGACCUCAGACUCCUCCGCCAAUCGAAGUACCAUAGAGCCAGAGUCGCAGCGAACGUAGAAUACGGCCGCACCUUACUUGCCCAGCUCGAAAGCUCCCUGCCAAACACCAAGUCACCCGCCCGCAGGCAUGCGCUACAAACAGAGCUUGCAGAACAGCGACAGCUACUCGGGGCACUAAGACAGCGAAUAGACGAGCUAGCAAUAGAAGCAGAUAUGUUAGCUGAUGAGGACGCUUCUUCGUCUGAAGACGAGGAAAUUUUGCCAACACCGGACGAAAGCACCCCUGAGCGUGCACCAUCUCAGGACGGAGCCGUCGUCGAGGGCACGCUACCAAUGGAGCAUGGAAAGGAAGUAGAACAGGAACAAAACACCAUCGAAACCACAUUACAAACCAAGGGUAAAACUGCUGCGGAACAACCCCCCCCAACCUCGUCCAUCUCCAGCGAACCGCAGGCGACUAGCUCUCUUCGCAGCCGACACCACCAAGCAUCUUCAACUCAACUAUCCCACUCAACCGCUAUUCCUACAGCUUCUUCACUUCCCGUAAAACCAUCCACGAUACCGAUCUCCCUGCCCACCAGCCCAGAAACUCCGCAAACCAAGACCCAUGACACCGAAACCACACUCACAAACUCCCGCCUUGAACAAGACACUCUCACCGAAUCCCUCCUCUCGCUCGCGUCACAGCUAAAAGCUUCCUCCAAAUCCUUCCAAACGCACCUUGAAUCGGAGAAAUCCGUUCUUUCACGCGCCACCGAGGGCCUAGACCGAAACACGACAGGCUUGGAGGCAGCAGGAAAGAGGAUGGGAGCGCUGCGACGGAUGACGGAGGGUAGGGGUUGGUGGGGACGGGUUCUGAUGUAUCUAUGGAUCUUCGGCCUGUGGAUCGUUGCGGUACUGAUUGUGUUCGUGGGGCCGAAGUUAAGGUUUUAA